AUGGUGCUGGAACAACUUGAUGGCGCUGGUAUUGAACUCUCAAGCCUCUAUAAGUGGAUUGAAAGUCAGGCUCCAAAUGGUUGCUGCACUGAAGCAUGGAAAAAGAGGACACACUGGGUCGGAACUCAAGUGACCAAUGACAUUACUGAAUCAAUUGCCAGCGCUGAAAAAUAUCUCCAAAUCCACAGGCCUGUGCGAAAACGGCAUGGAAAAAUGCUGGAGGAGGGUGCCAGUGGUUUUUUGGGGAAAAAAAUUGCUAUUGAUGACAGCAGGGAAGCCAAGCAAGGCAAUGUAGAUUCUGAUUGGAUCUCUUUCAACAAGAUAAUUUCUGACCGUUCAUCUGUGGAUAGUACUUUAUUUGGCAGUGAGAAUUGGGCUUCUGUUUACUUGGCCAGCACACCACAGCAAGCUGCUGAAUUGGGCCUUAAAUUUUCUGGAGUUGAUGAGGUCUGCGAGAAUUGGGCUUCUGUUUACUUGGCCAGCACACCACAGCAAGCUGCUGAAUUGGGCCUUAAAUUUUCUGGAGUUGAUGAGGUGGAGGAAAUUGAUGACAUUGAAGGUGAUCCCAGUGACCCAUUCUUUGCAGAUGCCAUAGCGAAUGAAAGGGAAUUAAAUCUUUCUGAAGAGCAAAAGAGAAAUUUCAGGAAGGAGGCUAUUCAGAAAGAAGUUUCUUUGGUUGAUAGCUUGAUGGAGAGCAGUUUAGAUGGUUUGGAUCCUUCAAAUGUUUACUCUCAUGUUGUUUCAAGUGAGGACGCUCGUGGGGACCUUGAUUCUGCGUUCAAUGAUAAAAAUAAUGAUAUUGCAUGCCAAAGUUCAAAGGAUGAUGCUUUUGAUACUCUUGACAAAGAAAACUCAAAGAAUGAUGGUUCUUUGCCCGAUUUAAUUGAGCCCAGGAUGUCCAAGCGUUUGCGUGACAACGAUGAACCUCGUCACUCAGAGAGUUUGAAUGACAAUUUUUGCUGUACUGCUUGUGAUAAAAUGAUUACUGAAGUGCACUCGCAUCCACUUUUGAAAGUAAUUGUUUGUUUGGACUGCAAAGGACUUAUGGAAGCAAAGAUUGGAGUGGAGGAUCCUGAUUGCUCUGAGUGCUACUGUGGAUGGUGUGGACAAAACAGUGAUUUAGUAAGAUGUAGGUCAUGUGAAACAUUAUUUUGUUCCAUGUGUAUCAAGAGGAACCUUGGUGAGGAAUUACUGUUAGAAGCCCAGGCGUCUGGUUGGCAAUGUUGUUGUUGCUGUCCAAAUAUCCUGCAGCAGUUAAUCUCACAACUGGAAAAUGUCGUCGAAUCAGGAAGCCUGAUGGUUUCUGGUUCAGACAGUGAUUCGGAGUAUUCAGAUACUGAUGUCAAUGUUGUUGUCAGUUCCAGAAGAAGACGAAAAAAGAAAAUUCGGAGAAUCCUUGAUGAUGCUGAAUUAGGGGAAGAGACUAAAAGGAAAAUUGCAAUCGAAAAGGAGCGUCAAGAACGUCUCAAGUGCUUGGAAGCACAGUUUUCUACCAAGACAAUGAUGAUGAGUUCUGCAAGCUUGAAUGGGAAUGUAUCUGAAGGUGGUGGUGUUGAAGUGCUGGGUGAUACUUCAACAGGUUAUAUAGUUAAUGUUGUAAGGGAAGAAGGUGAAGAGGUUGUGAGGAUUCCUCCAAGCAUCUCAGCUAAAUUGAAAGCCCAUCAGAUUGCUGGGAUACGAUUCAUGUGGGAAAAUAUCAUUGAGUCAAUAAGAAAAGUGAAGUCUGGGGACAGAGGUCUUGGUUGCAUUCUAGCCCAUACCAUGGGCCUAGGUAAAACUUUUCAGGUAAUAGCUUUCUUGUAUGCUGCUAUGAGAGGGGUGGAUUUAGGAUUAAAAACUGCACUUAUUGUCACACCUGUAAGUGUUCUGCACAAUUGGCGGCAUGAGUUCUUGAAGUGGAGACCCACAGAGUUGAAGCCCCUCCGUGUCUUCAUGCUGCAAGAUGUUCUAAGGGAGAGAAGAGCGGAGUUGCUGGCAAAGUGGAGAUCUAAAGGUGGUGUUUUCUUGAUUGGCUAUACCGCUUUUCGAAAUUUGUCUCUCGGAAAGUAUAUGAAGGAUCGUCACAUGGCUAGGGAUAUUUGUCAUGCCCUUCAGGAUGGGCCUGAUAUCCUUGUUUGUGAUGAGGCCCAUAUGAUCAAGAACACCAGGGCUGAUACAACCCAGGCCUUGAAACAAGUGAAAUGUCAGAGAAGGAUUGCAUUAACUGGAUCACCACUUCAGAACAAUCUCAUGGAAUAUUACUGUAUGGUUGAUUUUGUAAGAGAAGGAUUUCUUGGCAGCAGCCAUGAGUUUAGGAACCGUUUCCAAAAUCCUAUAGAAAAUGGUCAACACACCAAUUCUACGACUGAUGAUGUGAAGAUUAUGAACCAAAGAUCACAUAUACUUUAUGAACAGUUAAAAGGAUUCGUGCAGAGAAUGGACAUGACUGUGGUGAAGAAGGAUCUGCCUCCCAAAACAGUUUUCGUAAUAGCUGUGAAGCUAUCUCCAUUACAGAGGAAAUUAUACAAAAAGUUUCUUGAUGUCCAUGGAUUCACCAACAAACGAGAUUCCAGUGAAAAGACACAAAAAAGAUCUUUUUUUGCUGGGUACCAGGCCUUAGCACAGAUAUGUAACCAUCCUGGAAUUUUGGAACUGAUGAAAGAAGAUAGAGGCUAUAUGAAACAUGAAGAUGCUGUUGAGAAUUUUCUUGCUGAAGACAGCUGUAGUGAUGAUAACAUUGAUUAUAAUGAGAUCGCUGGAGAGAAGCUGAGGAACAAGAAUGAAGUUCCACUCAGGAAAACUGAUAAUGGCUUUUUUCAUGAGGAUUGGUGGAAUGAUCUUCUACAGGGAAAAAACUGUAAGGAAGUUGAUUACAGUGGCAAAAUGGUUUUGCUGCUUGAUAUCCUGACCAUGUGCUCUGAUGUUGGUGACAAGGCGCUUGUCUUUAGCCAGAGUAUAUCUACUCUAGAUCUGAUUGAACUUUAUCUUUCAAAACUACAUCGUCCAGGAAAAAAAGGGAAAUGUUGGAAACAAGGAAAAGACUGGUAUAGGUGGGUAUUUUUCAGUUCAAGUAUUUGGGAAAUGGUAGUCAUUGCAUAUGAAGUUGAAAUGUUUCUGGGCUAUUUUUGA